AUGCUAUCUACAUUCCCGGGAUUGGCGGUAGAGAACAGAUGGCAAGUCGCAGGACAUGAUAAUUGGUUAGAUAGGAUAUACAAUCCGGUCAACUUCAUACCGUCUGAUGAUACCACGGCGGCGGUAUUUUUUCGUCUGGUGGACUACUACAGCACGUUCGACUUUGAGAAGUUUGGAAUCGACGCUCUAAACGGCGAAAUACUAUGCAAAAAGUAUCCGGACAGGCGAUUAUGGAUUCGGAAUGGGUAUCAUGGGACGGACAGCAUUUGUAACGUGACGAACGGGCACAUCCUUCUCAAUCAGCUUUUUUCAAGAUUUCGGAUCAAUUUGGAAAGCGGGAAACUGCCG